AUGUCUUCUAACAAGGCUGUGGUGCCCCAGAAGCCGACGUCCUUGAAGCGCAAGGCUGAGGACGACUUGCCCGUUCGUUACCAGAAGAAGGCGAAGGUGGUCCUGACGCCGGAGCAGCAAAGGCGGAAGUGGCGUAAAGCGCACCCUGCUGUACGCCCCGACAUGAUCAUGUCUUCGGUUCCAAUCCACGUGCUUGGGCGCCGCCGGAGAUGGUGGGUACCUGGUGUCCCACGACUUCCCCCAUUGGACUGGGUCCUGGGGCGCAAAUAGGCACCUGGGAUGCGUCCUAAGACGCCUCAUUACCAUACUCUUAUGCCCUACAAUCAUCUUAGCUAGCAUUUGUAUGGUCAUUUGUGUUGAGGGCAAUUGGUCAAUAUGUCUUGCUCUGUU